AUGCCUGAUAAUAAAACGAGCGACACCACAAAGUCAUCGGUGUUCAAUGAUGACGAUUCGCCAGCUGCAUUUUCAAUAUUGCUAGGGACCAGCACAGAGUCAACGGGAGGAGACCCAACGGGAAUGAUCUCAAUUCUAAUACAAGACGAUGAAAAUCAUUGCACGGAUCGAAUGCUUCUUCGAUAUUCUCAUACUCAUCCUUCGGCAUUUUGUAAGGGACAUACAGAUUUAUUCGUUAUUUCGCAACAGCCAAGUCUGGGAAAUCUGGACAGCAUUGAAAUAUUCUUCAAUGAUCGCGAAAACCCCUUAGAAAACCCAUGGAAAUUGCGAAGUUGUGUGGUUUUCCAUCACGAAAAUGGAAAGAUUUACAAUUUCGAAAUUGAUGAAUCGAAAUCAAACAAGAACACAUUCAUUCUGCGCGCUAAAGGAGACCCAGUCCAAUUGAUUCCGACAAAGCUUCCAAACCCGUUCAAAUAA